CCCAUCCAUGUCUUAACGCAUUUCUCCUGCAACCUUUUUUUUAUGAGCCCCGGGCACUGCAGCGAGGCAGGAGAGCGACCGAAAUUUCCCAUCUUUUCCUCAAUUCCUUGGGGGAUUUCCCCAUCCUUGUCCCCAUCGAUCAGAGGUCCCGGUGCUGUUGGCUUUCGCAUUCAAUUCCUUCGGAAGCAAAGGGAACUUAUUUCCUUUUGGGGUCGGAUUCGGGGCCGAUUUGCUCUGUCCCUGUGAGAGGAGGGCUUGUUGGAUCAGGGAUCGAGCAAGGUAGCAGCCAUGAGCGGAGGAAGCGGGACUUUCCUCGAGAUCCAGCCAUCGGAGCUCGCAUUCCCCUUUGAGAUAAUGAGGCAGAGCUCCUGCUCCAUGCAAUUGACCAAUAAGACUGACCAUUAUGUAGCAUUCAAGGUCAAAACAACCAACCCGAAGCAGUACUGCGUGCGUCCUAAUAUUGGCGUUGUAUUACCUGGGUCAACUUGUGAUGUUACAGUGACAAUGCAAGCACAGAAGGCUUCACCAUCUGACAUGCAAUGCAAGGACAAGUUCCUAGUUCAAAGCGUUGUGGCUGAGAAUGGUGCAACAGCUCAAGAAAUUAAUGCAGCAAUGUUCAAUAAGGAGCCAGGGAAGGUUGUUGAUGAAUUCAAGCUGCGUGUGGUUUAUGUGCCAACAACUACACCCAACCCGAUCCCUGAAGAAUCUGAACUAGGGGCUUCUGCUCCCUCAUAUUCACAAGAAAAUGGGAUCAGUCAUUCCACGAUGCCACUAUCUGUAUCUAGAUCAUCUGCUGAAACAACAAAGGAGAAGCCCUCUGAGGCAACGUCUGUGAUCUCCAAGCUAACUGAGGAGAAAAUGUCUGCUAUUCAGCAGAACCAGAAGUUACGACAAGAGCUGGAACUUCUACGGAAAGAGAGCAGCAAAACCAGCGGCGGCGGUUUCUCCAUCACCUUCUUGUUUGUCGUUGGCCUUCUGGGCAUCAUCGUCGGCUACAUCCUCAAGAGAACAUAGUGGAAUGGUGGUGUCUCCAGCAAGGCUAUACUCCCAUGAGAGGAUACCCACACGUGGUAUGCCUCCCCAUGUGUUUGUGCUCCUAAUCGGAGCGCCCUGUUCUAACGUGUAACAACAGCAGCACUCCUAGAAGCCUUCGGUUUGUGUACAUUGUGGUGGUUCAUACCUUUUCUGUUCAGAAUUCUUCUCAGAGUUGGUAGACUUGUUUUAAACCUAACUGCCGCAACGUUGUUACCCUUCACAUAACCUUUAUUCUUUCUGAUUCUGAUGGAUCUCAAAUUUGCUGGUAUGUUUCUACCCAACUGAAAAUGUUUGAACUGUUGCAAGUCUGAUGAAUUUGUCA